GGCUGAGGGCUGGCCCCAUAUCUCCGGAAUCGGGCCCUUUGUCCUCCAGUGGCCCCGAGGCAGCAGUGCAGAGUUCCCCAGCGAGGCUAGGUGAGCCGCCGGCCGGCCGGAGCGGAGAAGGGAGGGUGGGAGCGAGCGCAGAGCCGGCGCCGCGCACUGUGGGGGCCAAGAGCAGCCCGCGCGCCGAGAGAGGGACUCGCACUUGCAAUAUGACUUUGGAGGAAUUCUCGGCUGCAGAGCAGAAGACCGAAAGGAUGGACACGGUGGGCGAUGCCCUGGAGGAAGUGCUCAGCAAGGCUCGGAGUCAGCGCACCAUUACCGUCGGCGUGUACGAGGCUGCCAAGCUGCUCAACGUAGACCCCGAUAACGUGGUACUGUGCCUGCUGGCUGCGGACGAAGACGACGACCGGGACGUGGCUCUGCAGAUCCAUUUCACCCUCAUCCGUGCGUUCUGCUGCGAGAACGACAUCAACAUCCUGCGGGUCAGCAACCCGGGUCGGCUAGCUGAGCUGCUGCUACUGGAGAACGACGCGGGCCCGGCGGAGAGCGGGGGCGCUGCGCAGACCCCGGACCUGCACUGUGUGCUGGUGACGAACCCACAUUCAUCACAAUGGAAGGAUCCUGCCUUAAGUCAACUUAUUUGUUUUUGCCGGGAAAGUCGCUACAUGGAUCAGUGGGUGCCCGUGAUUAAUCUCCCCGAGCGGUGAUGGCAUCCGAAUGGAAAUAACUGAACCAAAUUGCACUGAAGUUUUGAAAUACCUUUGUAGUUACUCAAGCAGUCACUCCCCACGCUGAUGCAAGGAUUACAGAAACUGAUGUCAAGGGGCCGAGUUCAACUGCACUGCACGAGGGCUCGGAGAUGACUUUGCAGAGGGAGAGAGAGGUGAGCCUGAAGAAGGAAGCUGCGAGGAAAGAGAAAUCCAAGGCAAAAGGGACAAAAACUACAAAGAACUGUGCAAGAAAGAAAACUAAUUUAGGAUGGCCAGGUUACAUUCAAAUAAGCCAAAUAUUGCUUUGUUGAAACUUUAAAUGUGUAGCAGUAGUUUGGGUAUUUUUUUUUUUUUUUUUGGUCUUUAUGCCCUCAAAUAAAAGGAAAGUAAGAAAGGAUUAAUCAUAUUUUCAAGCCACAGUUUAAAUGUAUUUUGAUGAGAUGUUAAAUUCUCAGAAGUUUUAUUAUAAAUUGUACUAAGUUAUUUUAUGAUGUGAAAGGUUAUUUAUGAUAAAGUUUUUGAAGCACAUUAUCUAAAAUAAACUUGUAUGGAAUAA